AUGUCUUCCCAGUACGCCCAAGUACUAACUCAACAGGUUAUGAGCCCUGUCGCAAAUGACUUCUACUUCGACGUCAAACUAAAUGGAGAAGACAACUUCAAUUUUUGGUAUGCACCCUUCUCGAAUAAACUAUCUAUUAUUCGACUUGAACUUUUUGAAUAUUUCGAAAAUAACGGCAACGUUACUACAAUUCCUGUGGAAGUUCAAGAAAAUUCUAUAAUCAAGAAGUCCGUAUUAAACUUACUGGACACGGCCGUUAAGGCUGUAAUUUUGACAAGUUCCGAAGCCCAUGUCCAGGCUGUUAUUAGAAAGUAUACCUCAACUCAUUUCAAUCAGUCAUCAAUUCAGGUCAUGGCUUUCUUAAAAGAAACUUACGGUAGGGUAAAAGUUAGCACUACCGCCAUGUUAUUUAACCAGAAUCAGUCAAUGUUUAACAAGUCGAUCAAAGAACAACACUCCUGGGCUAGUAAAUCCCUUAGAACUGUUGCAAAACAGAUUAUUGCUGCAGAAAGAGGCACUUACUUGUCUGACAGUGAAAAAGAAAAUAAUAUGCAGAAAGUCCUGGAUCAUUUUGAGGCUCUGAUGCUCAUUGCAUUGAACCCUGAUCACCAGGCCACAUGUUUGAAUUUGUUGGGAAGAAAUGAGACUAUCAACUCCAGUGAUGUCAUUUCUGUUAUCUCCAACAAUGUUUCUGCCAACAGUACUGCAAUGACUGCAAGCUCUAGAUCCAGAUCCCAGAAAGCUGGUACAAAACAGCGUAAGAGGAAGUGCCAAUUAUGCGAAAAAGACCACUACUUGAAUGAAUGUCCUAGGUUCAAGGAGGCUUUUCCAGAUGCGGCCAUCAUUAAGCAUUAUGCCAAUAAGAAGAAUGAUCGAUCCUGGAUCACUGCUGCUGAAACUGAUAUUAACAAAGACAAUUGGAUCUUUGAUAACGGUAGUACGGUUCACAUCUGUAACGACAAAACUAUGUUCACAGAGUUUCAGAAUGGAACAGGAUCUCAAAUUUCUGUUGUAGCUGGUAAUGUCAAAAUCAAAGGCUAUGGUAGUGUCGUCACUGACACACACAUUCACCAUUUUGUGUUUUAUAUAGAUAAUUUAACUUUUCCCCUGUCGCUGCUUCAAACUGUGUAUACCGAAUAUUGCGGUCGUGGGACUCCGUUGGAUUCAAAUGUCUACUUUUAA